AUGAGUGGGCUUGGGGAGGGAGGGGGGCGUGAGAAGAAGGACGAAGAAGCAAAGAAAGAAAGGAGAAGAUGGGGAUCCCGAAAGCGACGACGGAGCGUUCUCGGACAACCAACGCCACAUGGUCUGGACUUUGGUGUCUUUGUUUGGGUUAAGCAGCAAUUUAGCAGCAAUUUAGCAGCAGCAGCAGCAGCAGCAGCAGGAGGAGUAGGAGCGCAACACGGCAGCAGCUGCCGUGCCUUCCUCAAGUGCUUCCCAGCAAUCACCGGUUGUGUGGGUGGCCGCACCUGCCCCAGGGAGAUUUUUGAGUGA